CGCCAGCCGCGCGGGUCUCAGCGCGUGUCCGCAGCCCGGGCGGCCGGGUCGCCCGGCCGCUCGCGCCACGGAUGCCGGCAGGCCAGGCCGCCUACCCUGGGGCCCGCGCCCUCCGCCUCCUGCGGCCAGCCGCUCCGCGGGCCCGCUGCACUGCGCAUGAGCGGGAGCCCGGCGAGCCCGUGAGAGCGCCGCCGCCGCCGCCGCCGUCCAUUCGCUGCGGAGCCGGAGGAGGAGGGAGAGGUCCGGAGGACACCAACAUGAACAAGUUGAAAUCAUCGCAGAAGGAUAAAGUUCGUCAGUUUAUGAUCUUCACACAAUCUAGUGAGAAAACUGCAGUAAGUUGCCUUUCUCAGAAUGACUGGAAGUUAGAUGUUGCAACAGAUAAUUUUUUUCAAAAUCCAGAACUUUAUAUACGGGAGAGUGUAAAAGGAUCGUUGGACAGGAAGAAGUUAGAACAACUGUACAAUAGAUACAAAGACCCUCAAGAUGAAAAUAAAAUUGGCAUAGAUGGGAUCCAGCAGUUCUGUGACGACCUGGCCCUCGAUCCGGCCAGCAUCAGUGUGUUGAUCAUUGCAUGGAAGUUCAGGGCGGCCACACAGUGCGAGUUCUCCAGACAGGAGUUCAUGGACGGCAUGACAGAGUUAGGAUGUGACAGCAUAGAAAAACUAAAGGCCCAAAUACCCAAGAUGGAACAAGAAUUGAAAGAACCAGGACGAUUUAAGGAUUUUUACCAGUUUACUUUUAAUUUUGCAAAGAAUCCAGGACAAAAAGGAUUAGAUCUAGAAAUGGCCAUUGCUUACUGGAACUUAGUGCUUAAUGGAAGAUUUAAAUUCUUAGACUUAUGGAAUAAAUUUUUGUUGGAGCAUCAUAAACGAUCAAUACCAAAAGACACGUGGAAUCUUCUGUUAGACUUCAGUUCAAUGAUUGCAGAUGACAUGUCCAAUUACGAUGAAGAAGGAGCAUGGCCUGUUCUUAUUGAUGACUUUGUGGAAUUUGCACGCCCUCAAAUUGCUGGGACAAAAAGUACAACAGUGUAGCACUAAAGGAACCUUCUAGAAUGUACAUAGUCUGUACAAUAAACACAACGGAAAAAUGCACAGUCAAUUUCUGCUGGCUGGACUGAACUGAAGAUCAAUCCUCAUAGUUCAAACUGAGGGUUGAGACAAAACUUUAAGGAUACAUCUCGGACCAUAUCGUACUCCAUUCUUCUACUGGUGGUUUGGGCUUGUCUUCUAGUCUGGGCCACUCUAAACAUUUAUAACUCCAACAUUGUGGAUUCCAUCUUAAACCUGUGGACCAUCUUAGUUUGUCUUCCCAUAAGUCAUAGACGCUUGAUGGGGAUUAUUUUGAGGUUUCCAUUCUUGCAUAAAGCACAAUGCUGUCUUCAUCAGAAAACAGUUUGGCAUAAGAAUUAAACAUAAUAAUGAACACCACAAACAAUUUAUAAAAACUUGUUAAGUAUAUGCUUUGGGCUAGUUGCAAAGACUAUGCUGUAGCACUUCAAAUGAGAGUGUUAUCUGAGUGUACCGCAUCUUGAGUGGUGUUUGAUUUGGGGGAAUUUAGUUUUCCUGGCAAACCAUAUGCACUGUUGGUGUGAGUAGAAUACCUGAUAAAGACGUGUCAAAAUAGCCAACACAUGAAAAGGAUAAUUUGAUGACUCCCUGAAAUAUGCCCUGUGUUUCAGACUCUCGCGAAGGUUCUACAAAACAAGUCUGUGGCUAUCUUACCCGUGUAUACACAGUGUCCUGCAGUGAACUUUGAUUUACAAAGUAUUGUAAUGAGAUGGAAUGUUAGACCCCACUCUCAUGUGCACCACACACCACAUCAUUGGAUUCCAUUACGCUUUGAGAUGCUUCUAUGCCUUUCGAAUAAGUUAAACUAUUUCAUUGGUUUUGAAUGUUUUGGAUUGCUAUACAAUAUAAUAUUCUAAAUUUAGGCAUGAGGGUUUUAGGUUUUGGAUUUUGUUUUUGUUGUUGUUUUUUAAUUUUUUGUCAUCGCACAAUGGAACACAAUGCAAUUCACUUAAUUUAUAAGAAGACAGUAAGAUUUAAAUUUUCAAAAUGGUUGUGAUGAGCCGUGAAGUUCGCCCUUUCUCAUGUGGCACUGCUCUUUCAGGCGAUGGGCCAGCCCUGCUGACGGCUGGCUGCUGAAAUGGCUUUACUGCUAAAUCACUGUGGUUGCCAAGUCUUUACUCCAAGAGCGGAGACUGUCAGACGGGCGAGCACUGGUGCAGAAUACCAAUGGCUUCUGUUGUAUAAAUUAUUUGACUUUUGACUGUUUUUGUUUCCCUUGCAUUUGCUAUUUCCACAUCAAAGCAGAAUGCAGUCUUGAUUGUUUGUUUUGGUUUUGGGGUUUUUUUCCAUGACAGGACUCACGAAUUGCUCUCCUGCUGAAAAUGCUUGUUUGUCUGUUAACACACUGACACGUGUAUUCAUAAAUAUCUCCAUGAGGAAGUGAAAAUGAUGACCUAAAUGUUGGGUGACUGGUCUUCAGUAGGAACAGAUUUUGCUUCAUGUAUCCAGGUCCUCUGCAGGGUACUAAGGAGUGUUCCUCAGGAUAGCAGAACAGUUUAUGCAGAUAUGGAAAUGAUUAAAACUGCUUUCUAGUCACAUGAUUUGGAGAAUGCAUAGAAAACUUACAUAUCAUUAAUCCAAUCAUAACUUUAAUUGAGGAAUGCAUUUCUACCAAAAGAAGCUUAGAGUAAAUUUCUAUUCAUGUUACAGGGAUUGGUUAUUAAAAGAAAAUAGAAUCUUGCUGUUUUCAGUAUUUCUUGAUUUUAUUUUUGUAAAUAUGAAGAACUUCAA